GAAUUAAACAUUUUUGGCGGCUUUUAGCAGCCCUGGUUCUCAAACAGAAAAAAAAUUGUACUAGUUCCGCCAAAAGAAUCAUAGACAUAUCAGAACAGAGAUGGACAAAAAAAAUUGCUACAUGUAUAUAUUUAUUUAUGUUCUAAAACACAUAUCUCCUUAGAGCAUACAUUAUCUGAAGGCUUAUGCAUUUAAAUAUUCUUAUUAGAUUCAAGGGGAAAUUUUCGAUCAUGGUAAACUAUUAACGUGCCGGGCCGGGCCUCAGAUCUUAGGCACGCGUCCAUCUCUAAUUCCAAGUUUCGUUUAACGCGUUUAACACAAACAUCACACAAGACUAUUAUUUUAUAUCUUAUUGUUAUUAAUGUAAUUAAAAAUAAACAGAAAAGUAAUGCAAUAAAUCUAAAGCAAGUGAUGUGCAUGUAAAUGUAAUUACAAGCUUUGAAAGAAAUAUUCAUUGGGAUUUCCAGGCAAGGACUUGCAUUUGGAGUUGUCAUGGCGGUCAAGGUGCAAUUCGAAAUUGGACAUACAUCACGUUUGCGGAACAAGAAAACCCCACAUCCACAAGGAUUCACCCAUGAUUGGGAAAUCUUUGUACAGGGUGUGAAUAAGGCGGAUAUAAGCUCGUUUGUUGACAAAGUUGUCUUUAUACUUCACGAGUCGUUUCCCAAACCAAAACGGGUUAUCAAGGAGCCGCCAUACUCUAUACAAGAGUCGGGCUAUGCCGGCUUUCUGCUGCCUGUUGAGAUCUAUUUUCGUAAUCGCGAUGAACCCAAACGGAUUAUGUAUCAGUAUGAUCUGGAGCUACAACACACUGGACCACCGCACCAUCAUGUCGAGGUGAAGACACAUGUCUUCGACUCGCCGUCGGAAGAAUUUCGGGCAAAGCUAAUGCGAGGUGGUGGAGUGCCGGUGUUUGGAUCCAACAUUGGAACCACUAGUCUCGGUCGCACCCUAUCACCCAAUGUUGGUGGCGAAAUGAUGUCAAGCAGUGCCAAUGAAAUAGUUGCAGUGAAGGGCAAGGGCGGGAGUGGCAGUGGGAGUGGUAGCGGCAACACUACUGCGGUGCCCAUUGAAUCUGGGUCUGGCAAGAAACAUAAAUCCCGCAUAGAUGACCCGAGCGGCAAAGCUAGCAAUUUUUCGGCUCUCUUUGGUCCACCAAUCACCAAGGGCGUGAAUAACUUGACCGUUCCCAGUGCUCCCAAGCAUUCACCAGACGGCAAGAACGUGGCCAGCAGCAGUGGCAAGGGUGGAUCACAUGAGGGAAAAGAGAAGUCAAGCAAGGAGCGUGACAAAUCCAUUGGCUCGGACAAACCACGAGAGAAGGACAAAAAGGAUCGCCAUGGCAGGGACAAAGAGCGCAAAUCUAGCAAAUCGGCUGAAAGUGGAGGCAGCAGCAAGCACGACCGCGAAAAGGAAAAGUCCAAGAAGGACAAGUCCCGCGACAAGGACCGAGAAAAGGAUCGGGACAAGGAGCAGAGCUCCACAGGAUCAACAACGACGCCGGUAUCCUCGGCGGGAAAAAUUACAGCCAGUCCCAAGCCGGGCAGAACAGCAAUACUAGCCGAAAUGAGUGCUCCUAGUCCAAAAAAGACAACAAAUGCUGAACCUGUAUCAGCCGGAGCUCCAGCAUCACGAUCCAAGGAACGUGAGGAACACAAAUCAUCAAGCAAAUCUGACUCCAAAGACAAGGAACGCAGCUCCAAUAAAAAAUCAAAGAAGGAGAAGAAAGACAAGGAUAAGGAGAAGGAACGCGAAAGGGAACGGGAGAAGUCACGCGAGGAUCACAAGGAUAAACGUUUGCCCAAAGAUGAGCGUGCGGGUCAGCAGCCAAGUGAAAGUCCAGCGCUUAGCGGACCACCUCUACAGACAUCAGCGGCCACUGGCAAGGCCACUCCCACUUCGGUGGGCAGCAGCAGCAGCAAUAGCAGUCUGGUGCCUGCCGCGGCCAAAAAAGUAAGUGAUUCCAAAGAGGAGGCUGGCGGCAAGCAGCCAUCCGAGAAGUCAAAUGAAACGAAAGCCGAAAAGUCGGCCAAUAGUAACGGGAACAUGGAUAACAACAAAAAGUCGCACAAACACAAAAAGAAGGACAAGAGCAAGGAUAAGGAAAAGGAACGCUCUGACCGGGAAAAGGAUAAAGACAAGGAGAAGGACAAAGACAAAGAGCGGGAUAAGGAGAAAUCUAAAGAGCGGGAAAAGGAAAAACCGCAUCAGCAAAUUGCAAUAACCGAAAAGACAUCCGCCGCUGCGAUAUCCUCCCCAUCGCCCAAGAAUCCGGAGAUGUCAACAGGAGGAACCGGCAGCAGCACAACCACCACCACCACCACCGCCAGCAACAGUCCAGCCAUUGAAGCUGCCACCGAUAAGGACAGCAAGGCUGUUGGCAACAGCUCAAAGAAGGAGAAGCACAAGAAAUCCAAGGAAAAAUCCUCUUCCAACAAGGAUGAGAAACGACAGCGGGAGACUGGCGAUAAGACUUCAUCAGAGAAUAAGCACAGUGGCAAACAGCAGUCCGGACAGGCAAAGGCACCAAGUAAUUUGGAUCUCAGCGAUGUGGAUUCAGCUCAAUCGGCACCCGACCUGGCGGCCAGCAGUGCCUUGGCUGCUGCUGCUGCUGCUACACUGCAGCACUCGGACAGUUCUAACAGUAGUUUUCCCGAUUUAUCGGCCAAAAAGUCAACUCAAAUGACGCCCAAGAGCAACUCAUUUGGCGGCAAAGAAGGAAAAUCCACUGGCAAGGAGCACAAGGCUGGAAAAUCGAAGGGCAGCGAGAAAACAGAGAAAGGUGCCGAUAAGCUGGAAAAGAUUGACAAGUCGCCAGAUACCAAAACCGAGAAAUCAGAAAAGGACGACAAAAAGCGGAGUCGCCGCAAUUCACCAAACAGCGGCGGUAGCAGCAGCACCUUCAUCGAGCCACCAGUCAAAUCCACAAAGAAAGAGCAGGCCACCAAUAAAGCGGCGCGCGAGAAAUCAAAAUCUCCAUCGCUGCGUGCUGCCUCCUCGCCAGCUGUUGUCGCUGGCUCAUCACCAAGCACAACGCCAAUAACGACUGCAACCACAACAGCAACAACAACCACGACAACUUCAUCAGCCAUAGCAGGAGCAACACCCGUUGUCAGCAAUAACAAUGUGAGUGGCCAUUCGCCAGCUGAACUCCCAAUUGGAGGACCAAUAACACCUGCUGCUAUCACCUCAACUCCGUUGGCCACAGAAUAUCUGAGUGAAUUGCAGGAAUUGCAUCAGAAGAUCAUGACACUGCAGGACAACGAGGAACUGCAACAUGUUGUCGAGAUGAUUGCCGCUACCGGUUGCUAUGAGAUCACCCACAAGACCUUUGACUUUGAUCUCUGCAAACUGGAUCGGGGUACUGUGCAGCGAUUGCAAGAGUUUUUGGCGACUUCGGUGUCGUGACACCAUCCAAUGGCCAGCGCUCCAGCUUCAGCCUCAGCCGCCCCGGCACCGGCCCCAGCUCCCGGUGUCUACAGCUAGACGAUGCACAAAUCCUCAUGCACAUAACCAAAUCAUUAAACUUAGUUUAUAAACAAUAACAAAAACACAAAGCAAAGUAAAAAAAAAAAAAACAGAAAAAACAAAAACAAACAUGCCCUCGAAAAUACACCCAAGUUGUAUUGGAUUAAUUUUGAAUUCUUAACUUCCCUCGACUACAUCCAUACCCUACUAUACAUCCAUGCCCCAAUUGUGCAUAAUGCAGGUCGAAUUUAGACUCAUUCACUUUAAGACUUUAAUCAUUAAUUCAUGUUUGUUUUCUUUAAUCAUUCGUAACUAAAAAGUUUGUAUAUCUAAAUUUGUAUACUAUAUGCUUUUAUAUAAAACAUAAUUUAUUUGGUU